AAUGAGUAUCAGUUUCUGUCAGUCAGUCCCUAGACUCGCAACACAGACCUUUUUUGCAAAAAUGUUCAAAUUGGUGGUGUUGUCUGCUCUCGUAGCCGUAGCCGUAGCUAAACCCAGUGGCUUGGCACACUCCGCCUUGGCUUACUCCUCUCCAUUAGUGGAAGUAGUACCUGGUGCCGUGAGCCACAGCUACAGAAGUGAUGUGAUCAGCAAACCAGUUGUUGCCGCCUACGCUGCCCCAGCAGUCGUUGCUGCUCCUGUUGUACAAAAAGUAUUAGCCGUUCCAGCCGCAGUUAGCCACAGCUACAGAAGUGACGUCAUCAGCAAACCAGUGGUUGCUGCAUACGCUGCCCCCAUUGUUGAAAAAAUCGUUGCUCCAGUAGCAGUACCGGCUGCAGUGAGUCACAGCUUCAGAAGUGAUGUUAUCAGCAAACCUUUGGUAGCUGCCUACUCAGCUCCAGCUGUGGUUUCUAGCCAUCUGGCAUACGCUGCUCACGUUCCAGCUGUUCACGCUUGGUGAAGAGAGGAUUGACAUGUUUAGGCUUUGUAAAUUUUUACUCCCAUUAAAAAACUGAAAUAA